AUGCCUGGUAUCUUGCCUAUGAAAGUGAUCAAGGUCGGUGGCACUGGCACAACGAGCCGUAUUGCCCAAGCCUGUGACCGAUGCCGAAGUAAGAAAAUACGCUGUGACGGUGUUCGACCUUGCUGCUCGCAAUGUGCCAACGUGGGCUUCGAGUGCCGCACCAGCGACAAAUUGAGCCGCCGCGCCUUCCCGCGUGGAUAUACUGAGUCGCUGGAAGAACGAGUCAGGACUCUAGAAUCCGAAGUUAAAGAUUUGAAGGACCUGUUAGACGAGAAGGACGAGAAGAUCGAUGUCUUGUCCCGGAUACAUUCAUUUACGCCGCCGCAACGAGCUGCCUCUGUUCGGUCUCCUUCUGCUUCAGCGACAGCGAAGUCGAGCACUUCGGAUUCAUCAGAUGGCGUGUUUCAUGUAGAGCGAUCAACGACCCGACCAUCCCAGAAGUCGCAGAACCCUUUCAUCGGAUUUUCUAGCACCCAGGGAUUUGCUGAUGUCUUUACCAACAAGCUUGUCAGUGAUGGUAAAUCAGCAACGAAGAUACCCACAGGGUCGCUCACGUCCUUGCCCACCUCGGUGGUCCAGGGUGCCCCCAACCAGGCUGUGAAAACGCCACCCCGCUUGGUGUCGGACCAGCUGAUCAACAUCUUCUUCCAAGAAUGGGCGCCGCUGUACCCCGUGGUACAUCGUCCAACCAUUCUGAAAGCUUACGAACAGUAUCUCAACAAUACGGAGACUCUUCAGCGCAAUCCCCAUGUGAUGGCACAGUUGAACCUGAUUUUUGGUAUUGCUGCCCUUUCAUCAACGUCGCGAACCAACCAAGACCCGACUUUCUUCGAAGAAAACUGGUCGGCCACGCUUGAUUCCUUCUCGAGUGAAACGUCGGUUUCCAGCCUGCAAUGCUUUGUUCUUGGUCAGAUCUACUGCAUAACCAAAGGCGACUACCGCACAUUGCUUCGCUACCGUGCUCUUGGUGUGGAUAUUUGCCAUCAACUGGGCAUGCAUGAAAACCAAGAAAGCUCGGGCAACCCUCUCGAGGACGAGACUCGUAAGAAGGUUUUCUGGUCGCAAUAUGUGCUUGACCGAUUCUGCUCCGCGCUUACUGGACUACCUGUCCUGCUGCGCGAAGAGGAUAUCGAGACUGAGUAUCCGGUUGAUGUGGACGAUGAGAAUGUCACAGAAACAGGGUUUUUGCCGACCCUACCUGGCGAAUCCACUCGUAUUUCCAGCGCCAUCGCUCUCUUUGGAGCUGCAAGGAUCUUGAACAAGGCUUUGGACGAUCUGUUCCCUUCGAAAUCUGGCUACGAUGUGUGUGUUUCGAAGAUGCGUUCGGUGGCAGGGCAAUUGGACGAGUGGCUUAACACACUCCCGCCACACCUUCGUCUCGAGUUUAGUCAGGACAAGCCUAGCACGAACGUCACGAGUAGUCGGUCGCCGCUCCUGUCACUUGUGUACUAUUUCAUUCGAUCUUUGAUACAUCGCCCGGCUGUCUGCUACGCUGACGAGACCCUUCGGUCUGCAUCUAUCCUGGCGCUGUCCGAUUCAGCGAAGCAUAUUAUUCAGAUUCUUGAGCUUCUCGAAGAGAGGCGCUUGUGUCUCUCCGUUUGUAUCAACAGGAAAGAGCUUAUAUUCUUUUCCGGGCUUGGUCUCCUUUGGCAAAUGCUUGAUGUCAAGAAUGAUAGCAAAUUGGCCAAGGAUAGCCAGAAGCUACUUGGGACUGUCAUGCAAUACCUCCAAUCGGAGUCGAGUGCGGCCGCUGCUGAAUUCGGCACGCUGUCCAACACUCUGGUUUCACUGGAUGGUGGACGACACCCGUCAGUGGGCAAGCAGCAGCACCAGGAGAUGAAGCACUUGCAGGCCUUGAAGUCUCGCCUCAUCGCCUGCUCCACCCGUGAUAAGCAGCCUCCAACCCAACCAUCCCCGCAGUCCUCCCGCCGGAACACCAUCUCCGGAGCCACACCCCCACUUGUUCCCCAGUCGCUCCGGUCCCCUAGCUGGAGCAGCCUGCCCCUCUCUCAACCUGACCAGCUCCCCGCUCCACUCUACCUCAACGACAAAGGCCACUCCCCCUUGGACCUACCCUCAGACCCCCGCUUAUCCGCAUCCUUGGGCUACGACCACCCACGUUCCAUGUCCUGUUCUACGCCCUCCGAUCCCACAGCUAGCGCCAUCACAAUGGCCGAUUGGGAGCAUCUACGGCGGCAAAGAAUGCGGCGAAGACCCGGGCCCGUUCGCCUCGAUCGCAGCAGAAUACAAUCGCAGACCCAACGACGCCUCCUAGUCAAUCACCCGCAGAGCGAUAUCCACGACCUCUCGCCCGAGGCAUGGUCCGCCAGUAGUGGCGACUUCGUACAUAAGCCAGAACAUACCGCGCAGAGCGUUCUGAGCUAUUCGAGCGAGAGUAUGGGGAGUGCCGAGGAGUCUCUGGCACCAUAUGCUGAUGUUCAGGUCUGUCCUGAGGAUAUCAAGACCAUCGAUCCUUUCCAUGCUUUUGCUAUGCAUGGUGAAGGUGAGGUCGAUGAGUUUUCUCUGGUCAAUGGCUGGGACCGACGCCUGGCCGUCUGA